UGGAAAGCCAAGGACAACCAAGCAACUGGUAGCGAGAGACAGAUUGACGACGCGAGCAUCAGUCGCUGCGUCCUGCGAGUCCAGUCCGCCGCUCCCUGCCUCAGAUCUGCCUGACCCGCCCGCAGGAUCUGGCAGCUGCAUUGCCUCAACGCAUCGUCAUCUCAUGUCUUGUUUGCCUUCACGCAUAAGCCCCCGUCACAGCAUACUUUAUCUUCCGCGCCCUCAACACCCACCCGCCCACACACACAGCCAUGUCAUCACGAACACCACCCUUUCCACCACGUCCACCCCUUCCAAGCUGACAGCCACACGGAGCCGCGGCCCUGAAGAAACGAUGAGCUCGGCGGCGGCGGCGGUCUGGCCUCUGCCUCUCCAUCUUGGCCACUAUGGUGUCCCCGCCUCCCUCCAGGCUCAACAAUGGCCACCAAACUCACGACAAGCCUCCUUGCCAACAUCGCCGCCGUUUAAUGUCUGCAAACAGCCACGCCUGCCUCUGCUGAGCCGAGGCCGAGCAAAUCAGCCUCUCGUCCGCCACCUGCAGGCCAGCGGAUCGAUCCCUCUCGCGUGACCCGGCACUCCAUCAGCCUCAUCCACAUUGCCCAGUUCGUUACCUCCCACGAAGA